CUCCAAACCAAACGGGCAUCAAUCUCUGAUAUCUGAAUCUGAAUAGUGAAUAGAACAGGUCAGAUGGGCAUUUUCUGUUUCCAACUUUCCAUUUUUCCGAUAUCUGAAUGGAUUACGCGCCUCUCUGUAAAUACUGUACACGCUCUUUCCCUUUUGUCCCAUUGAUUACAGCGGGAAAGUGUUAUUGUUGAUAACCAAUCUCAUUCUUUGAAUCUUUCUUAACCUUAACGGAACGCAUAGAUUCUGUUGGAUUUCUGGGGCUGUUUUUCUGCUUCUCUAUUUUCUCCUGUUACAGAGGUGGUUGUGGAGUGACCGAAACCCUAACUUAACUAUUUCCAUCGCGGGUCAUUUAAGAUUUCCUCGAAUGGAUGCGAAAGCGUUGGCUAAAUCCAAAAGAGCUCACUCUCAACAUCAUUCUAAAAAGUCUCACGCAAGUCCAGCAUCCAAAGCUCCAGCAGUCGCGGCUUCAGCCGGAAACUCGAAAAAACCGUCCGCCAAGCAAACCAGAGAAAAGAACCGCCAAUUUCGUGGUUCUUCAACUGCGUUACCUUCGAACUGGGAUCGUUACGAAGAGGAAUAUGAUUCGGGUUCUGAAGAUCCCUCACUGGGCGGUACAAGUCGAACCUCUGAUGUUGUUGUUCCAAAGAGCAAGGGGGCAGACUUCAGGUACUUGAUUUCGGAAGCUCAAUCUCAGUUGCAGUCUCCGUCUGAUCUUAGUUUGGAGAGCUUCGAUUCUUUCGGCGGUUUCCUUCCUGGCUUCAACCAGGGAGUGAGCACUGUGCUUUCUGCCAGGGGAAAGAACAUACUAUCAUGGAUUGGGAAUGAUAACUUUGCUGUGGAGGAUAAUGAAACUGCAAGUCAGGCAUCAUUUCUCUCCAUGGAUCUGCAUGCUCUUGCAGAACAACUUGCAAAAGUAGAUGUUUCACAAAGGCUAUUCAUUGAUGCAUAUCUGUUACCUCCAGAGAUGCAUUCAGAGGGAUUACAGAAAAGCAAGUGCCAAGAUUAUGAUCAUACUGAAGCGACACAUGAAAGUGAAGCAGAUGACCACUAUUUGGAUAAAAUGGAAUUUCAUGGAAGUGCCAAUGGAGAAGAUAUUAUGGGUAACAGGCCUGAUAUUUCACCUGCCACUACUGAAAAUGUUCAUUCAGUUCCAGCAUUGCUCCCUGAAGGGUCAAUGCUAGUAAAUUUAGCGAAGGGCGGUGAUUCAACACAAGUAGGCCAAACUUGUCCAACCAAAUUUAUGAAUUCCAUGGAACAACCGAAUAGAAGUUCUUCUGUAGACUUGAAGGAAAAUAAACCAUCAAGAUUUGAGGCAGCAGCAGCAGAAGCGGAGCUUGAUAUGCUUCUCGACUCAUUUGGUGAAACAAAGCUUUUUUAUUCUGGUUUUCCUGUUGUCAAACAGGAACCUUCUCAUGUGUCCUCACAGCAACAGGUUUCUGGUUUUCCACAGCCUUCAGUCCAAGCCCCAGAUGCAUCUAAAAAUGCAUCCGGUGCCUUUGACCUAGACAAUGCGAUUGAUGAACUACGAGAAACAUCAAAUCCCACUAACCAAAACAAUGCCAUGCGAGACCAACAGGAAAAGGCAGUUCGACGGAAUCCUCCAUCAGACUCAUCUUUGGCUUCUGCUCAUAAAUCUAGUGAUAAAAGUUAAAACGGAGCUUCUCUCCUAUGCGAGGAUGACAUGAAGAGGUGCAGUUGGUUGAUGAGUAUCAGCAACUCACCGAGAGGAUGGCCUACCGUAUUUCUAGUUGUCACCUCUGAUACCCUUUCUGUGGAACAGUUGGUCACACGUCACGUUGAAACUUGCUGUUGCUGUUGUCCCCUCCCACACCGAGCAUUUAUUUAGAAUUUAGAAUGAAGCCUCAGGCAAUGUUUCAUUCUAAUACAGGAGAAAUAUCCAUGGAGUGUGAAACUUCCAAGCAAGCUCGGAUUCGAUUUGAUUUAGAUUAUUGUGGGGACAGGACAGAUGCCCAUUGACGUCAGGGUUUUCAGCUUCCCGGUUUUUUCACUAACUUGAGCAACGAAUUUGGGUUGUCUGGACUCUGGAGAAAACAAAUCAUUUUGUUUUUUAUCCUACCACCAAAAAAAAUAUCUAUUUGGUCAAACUAAGCCAUAAAGUGCAUGCGGCCACAACCACUCAAAUCUCUCACUUGUGGCUGGUGUGGAACACGAUUGGUGCACAGCACUACAGCAGUAAAGUAGCUAUCAAAUUUAGCUAAACCAAUCUAAUACAACACAAAUGACAUGUCGGCAUCUCUUCCAUAUAAUGUG